AAACACCAGUCUGCUUAUCACACAAAAAUUCAAUAUUUGCUAUUAUUUUAUAAAAAUAGUAGAAGCAAGUACACAGUAUGGACAUUAGAAUCAUGUCCUCGAGCAUCGAUGCCAGCUCAUGCCGGAUUUGUUCCGAAACUGCCGUAACAGUCAUAUCCCUCCGAGAAGCAGUCGACGGAAAUUCGCUUGCAGAUAUGCUACGAUAUUGUGUCAAUCUGGAGAUUGAUCAAGACGAUGGACUGCCAUAUCAGUGUUGUACGAAGUGUAAACAUGAUUUACUAGUGGCGCACAAGUUGGUCAUCCGUUGCCAUCAAUCCGAUACCAAGUUCCGUGAACUAUUACUGGAAACUAAAUCUAAAUCAAGACAUCCACCGGAAGAUGAUCUAAUACCAAUGCUGACGGAAGACGAUAUCAAAACCGAACUAGCUAUCGAUGAAGAAGACUUCGAUCCACAGGAGCGCGUAUAUGCUGACCCUUUAUACGCUGCCCAUUUGGUGCUGGACAUCAAACCCACCGUUAAGAACGAGAAAGGCGAUAAGACGGAAGAAGUUACAGAUGCAGACGAAGGUGAUGAGUGGGAUGACGAUAAAGAUGAAGACUAUGAUCCUUCCAACGUUGAAACAGUAAUGGACGACGAUGACGAUGACGACAUUAAGGAAGGUAAACCUAGGUCAAAGAAGAAAAAGACUGCGCCGGAACGUUGUUGCAGAUGUCGAUUUAAGUUAACCACAAUGGAAGAAGCUCGUGAACACUCAAAGACAGUUCACCUGAGCAAGAGAUGUACCGAUCCGGAAAAGAUUGCCGCAAAGCCAUUCGAGUGUGAUAUAUGUUUCAAACGUUACACUAACAAAAAAGCUUGGCGGCAACAUAAAUCGUUGCUGUUCAUCAAGAACAAAUUCCAGUGCGAUCAGUGUGAUCUGAGCUUUAGACUAGAGCGAACACUGAUGCAACACAAGGAUAGUCACAAUAAUGUGAUUCAACCGUACAGUAGGCGCAAGGAUCAGCUUCCUCGAUGUUGCGCUUGCUACGAACAGUUUGAUACAGAUGAGCUGUUGAAGAAGCAUGCCGACGAGGUACAUUAUCCUGAGAGUUUGUCGACCGAUGAUAAGAGCAAUCAGUUCCCUUGUGACUUAUGCCAUCGGCGGUACAAGAGCAUGCGAAUUCUAAGAGAACAUCAGUCGAAGCCGUACCGCGUUACGCAAUACCAGUGUGCUACUUGUGGUCGUACCUACAGGGACAAAAGUGCAUUAGCAGACCACGAACGUUCACAUCAAGAGGAACGAGCUUUCAUAUGCCCGGUUUGUUCGAAACCAUUCGCCAUGAGAGAUUCCUUCCGGAAACACGUAAAAGCACACUCGGUAGCACAGGAUCGAUUCAAAUGUGAAAUCUGUGGCAAGGGUUUUAAAGCCAGGGCCAAUUUGAAAUGUCACCUAAUUACGCAUAAUCCGCAACAUCGUCCAAUACUUUGUACCCUUUGUCCGGCAACCUUUGCAAGGAAAAUAUGCCUCCAAGCACAUAUGAAAUUGCACACGGGUGAAAAGCCUUACAAAUGCGACCAAUGCGAUGCAGCUUACACUUUUGCAACGGAUCUGAAGCGUCAUAUUAUGGCCCACAACGGUAUCAAGCCGUAUGUAUGCACCAUCUGCGGGCGUGGAUAUCCCAGAAGAGAUUACCUGCGGAAGCAUAUGGCGAAUCACUGUAAUCAAGGGUGAUAUGUUGGCAGUAUUUUAACUUCCGAAUUAUUUAUAUUUGUUGAAAAUAAUGCAAUUUGUUUCUUGAUUUGAGCAGCUCAAGUUGUUUAAUACCGUUUAUUUUUAUGUUUGUUGAUUUCGCUGUUGGACAGCAAUUGUCAGUCACUAUAAGCUACUUAAAUGAUUCAUGUAUAUAAAAGGGAAACUAUUUGAAAUAUUUUAAUAAAAAAUAAUUUAAAAAAUAGAUAAUGCCACUUAAGAAUUGGUUGCAUGUGCCUUUCUAGCAUACAUUGAGAAAAAAAUUCACUUUGUAAAAUUAUUUUGUAUAUUCCUAUAAAAUAAAAUAUCGACCUUUCCACCUUCGAGAAGCAUAAAAAUGGUACAGAAAAGCGAUAGUUGUGAACAUUAUUGACCGCUUACCUGUUUGUACAGCAUAUUGGGCUAU